AUGUUAAAAGAGGAGUUGUUACCUGAUGGUGCCGAUUUGCCAAAAUCGUAUUAUGAGGCAAAGAAGAUAAUUCAAGACCUUGGCCUUUCCUACAACAAGAUUGAUGCUUGUACUAAUGAUUGCAUGUUAUACUGGAAGGAGGAUAGUUUACUUGAUUCUUGCAAAGUUUGUGGUGCGUCUAGAUGGAAAAUAGAUAGACAUAGCGGGGAAACAAGGAAUAAAAAAGGUAAGAAGAUAGCAUCAAAGACUUUACGCUAUUUUCCAUUAAAGCCUAGGCUUCAGAGGUUGUUUAUGUCUACAAAGACAUCUACUUUAAUGACAUGGCAUAAAGAUAAAAGAGUUGAUGAUGGAAUAAUGAGGCACCCAGCUGAUUCAAUGGCGUGGAAGUCAUUUGAUGAACUUCAUCCUUCAUUUGCGACAGAGCCUCGUAAUGUCCGACUUAGACUUGCUAGUGAUGGAUUUCAGCCAUUUCGUAAUUCAAAAACCUCAUAUAGCAUUUGGCCUGUGGUUCUUAUUCCUUAUAAUUUACCACCUUGGUUGUGUAUGAAACAAGAAAAUUUUAUUUUGUCAAUGCUUAUUCCAGGUCCAGAUAGUCCAGGAGAUGCAAUUGAUAUAUAUCUUCAACCUUUAAUAGAAGAAUUGAAGGAGUUGUGGGAAGUUGGCAUUGAGACCUUUGAUGCAUCAUCUAAACAGAAUUUUAAGUUGCAUGCUUCUUUGUUAUGGACCAUCAAUGACUUUCCAGCCUAUGGAAAUUUAUCUGGAUGGAGUAUAAAAGGAAAGUUGGCAUGCCCAUGUUGCAAUAAAGACACCUCCUCAAUUCGAUUGGCUAAUAGUAAGAAGCAAUGCUUUAUGGGUCAUCGACGCUACCUUCCUCUUAGCCACAAAUGGAGGAAUGACAAGGAUUCAUUUGAUGGUACAAAAGAGAAAAGGCUCCCCCCAAAAAUGAAGUCUGGUAUUGAGAUACUUAAUCAAGUGCAAGAUCUUGAAGGGAUACAGUUAACAAAUGAUCCAAAGAAAAAGAAGAAGAUAUCACAUGAAAAUCGAAAGGAUAAUUGGAACAAGAAAAGUAUUUUUUUUGAACUUCCAUAUUGGAAGUCUCUCUUGUUGCAGCAUAAUUUGGAUGUUAUGCAUAUUGAAAAAAAUAUAUGUGAUAAUAUUAUGGGAACAAUCAUGAAUGUCAAAGGAAAGACCAAGGAUACAAUUAAUACUAGAUUAGACUUGCAAGACAUGAAUAUUAGGCCGGAAUUGCACCCCAUCCAAAGAGGGGAGAAAGUUGAAGUUCCAACUGCAUGCUACACAUUGCCUCCUGAAAGUAAGCACAAAUUAUGCCAAUUCCUAAAGAAUUUAACGGUUCCUGAUGGGUUUUCAUCUAAUAUUUCUCAAUGUGUGAACCUAAAAGAUCACAAGAUAUCUGGGUUGAAAAGUCAUGAUUGCCAUGUUCUUCUACAACAUAUACUCCCCCUUGCACUUCGUGGUAUGUUAUCCAAAGAAGUGUGUGAACCGCUUAUUGAGUUAUCUUUAUUCUUUAAUGUGCUUGGAUCAAAAGAGUUAAGGAUUGAUGACUUGAAACAAAUUGAAGCGCAAAUUCCCAUAGCGCUUUGCAAGUUAGAAAAGGUCUUCCCUCCUUCAUUUUUCGAUGUCAUGGUGCACUUGCCUAUUCAUUUAGCUAGUGAAGCUGAGAUUGGUUGA